GCGAUGUUCACGCAACUUCACGCACAUAGACGGAGAUCGACUUGGAUCGACUGUGGCCGAGUGUAGUGAUGCAGAGUGUUCCCGGUCUACUUACCUGAAUUUCUUGUACGGUUUUUUUCUUCGGCGUGAAUUAGCACAUACGGCAUAUAAAGUUUUAACACUUUGCAAAGAUGGCAGACUCUGAUGAUGAAUAUGACAGAAAGAGGCGCGACAAGUUCAGAGGUGAGAGGACAGAAUCAUAUUCACGGGAGCGCAGGGAUGAUCGCAGACGUGAUGAUUGGGUAGACAGUCACACUGAUCGUGAUUCUUAUAGAGAAUGGUCGAGCCGUCCCCGACAGCGUCCGGAUUAUCGGGAGUAUCGAGGUGGUGGAAGUGGAGGACGUGAUCGUUACAGCCCUUCGAGAUCCCAAGACAUGGGGCCACCUAUGAAGAGAAUGCGAUUUGCUGAGUGGGACGACAGACCAAGAUAUGGACAUGAUUAUUAUGGUGGAAGUGGUGGCGGUGCAGGUGGUGGUGGCGGCGGUGGUGGCGGUGGCGGUAGCGGUGGAAAUUCCUGGAGCCCAGAUAAUUACACCUCCCCUCACCAUGGCAACCAUCACUAUGGAAACCAUAAUAAUAGCAGCAGUCGAGAGGUUGCUGGAAAUUUCAGUAAUUCAAAUGUUGAAACCCAACCACCCAUGAUGUCAUUCAAAGCGUUUCUCGGUACUCAAGAGGAUACUAUUACUGAUGAGGAGGCAAUUAAGCGCUACAACGAGUACAAAUUGGAAUUCAGAAGGCAGCAGUUGAAUGAGUUCUUUGUCGCCCAUAAAGACGAAGAAUGGUUCAAAAUAAAGUAUCAUCCUGAGGAGUCAGUAAAAAGGAAAGAAGAACAAGUAGCAGCGCUUAAGAAACGCGUGGACAUUUUCCUGGAAUUGCUAAACACAGGAGACAUAGACAAGGUAUCUGUUGAUGCCGAUCAAGCAGACAUAUUAUUGCACCUUCUAGAUGCAGUAGUUAUUAAACUGGAGGGGGGGACAGAGGAAGAUUUACAAAUUUUAAAUGUUAAACCAUUUAAACCUAUAAUAACUAAAGACGUUCUGAAAGAAAAAGAGGAUUUCAAAAGAAAAACUUCUAUAGAAAAAAAAUCUGAAAUUAGUGAGGAAAAUAAAGCCGACGACUCUCAGCGUGAUGAAAAAGAUUCCAAGAAUGAUCAAAAUGCUAAUAUAGAAGUUGAAAGCUCAGUAAAGGAUGAAAAUGCUGAAUCUAAUUUGAACAAAAACAAGGAAAAUGAAGAUACAAAGAAUAAAAAAGAUGUAGAAGAAGCUGACGGUGAUGAUAAGCCUCCAGAAAAAUCGGAAAAAUCAAGAAAGCGUAAACGUACUGACAGCAAUAGUAGUAGCAGUAGUAGCAGCAGUAGUAGUUCCUCUGGUAGUGACAGCAAUAAACUGGACACACCGAAAGUAGAGACUCCUGCGAAUGAAAAGGUAGAAACUAAUAAUACGGAUGCUGACGAAAAAGACGUUAAAGUGGAGAAACAGGAAAUUAAAACGGAAGCAGAAGCGAAAAAUAAUAAAAAAUCUGCAAUUGAGCCAGAAGCAGUGAUUGAUUUAGCUAGUGAAGAUAAAGAGAAAGAACCUAGAGCUUUGCAUAAAACCAGUAGCAUCUUUCUUCGUAACUUGGCGCCAACCAUUACUAAGGCAGAAGUCGAAGCGAUGUGUAAGCGAUAUCCUGGGUUCUUACGUGUGGCUAUAGCGGAUCCACAGCCGGAGAGACGAUGGUUCCGUCGUGGCUGGGUCUCAUUUGAGAGACAAGUGAACAUCAAAGAAAUCUGCUGGAGUUUAAAUAAUAUUAGACUACGUGAUUGUGAGCUUGGUGCAAUAGUAAAUAGAGAUCUAUCACGACGUAUUCGUUCAGUGAAUGGUUUGACGUCUCACAAGCAAAUAGUUCGACAUGAUAUUAAACUUAGCGCCAAAAUUGUUCACAAUUUGGAUAAUAAGAUAGGACUAUGGAAAGAAGAGAAGAAGGAUGAAAACGUAACGAAACAGGAAGAAGAGAGCAAAACUACUCAAAGUAGCAAUGAAGUUGAACAAGCUGCUUUCGGAUUAUCAUCUAAAAAUCCAGUAUUGAAAAACAUAACAGACUACUUGAUAGAAGAAGCUUCAGCCGAAGAAGAGGAAUUACUAGGUAUGUCAAGUGAACAAGAGGAAGGUCAGUUGGGUGGCGACGGAGACAGUUCAAUCGAAAGAGAUCCAGUUCUAAUCAAGGUAUUAGACAGAUUAGUGUUGUACUUACGGAUUGUUCAUUCCGUCGAUUAUUACAAUCAUUGCGAAUAUCCAAACGAGGAUGAGAUGCCAAAUAGAUGCGGAAUAAUGCAUGUGAGGGGAUCUCCACCUACCGCCAAAGUUUCAAGUGCAGAAUUAACGGAAUAUUGUCGCAACUUCGAGAGCAAAAUGUCUGCCUUUCUACAACCGGUUGCUACUUUAUCUGAUGAAGACUUCGAAAAACUAGGCGCGAAAAACGCCGAAGCUGAGGUCGAAAAGUUCGUUCAAGCUAACACUCAAGAAUUGUCGAAAGAUAAGUGGUUGUGUCCUCUUAGUGGAAAGAAAUUUAAAGGCCCCGAUUUUAUUCGUAAACAUAUCUUUAACAAGCAUUCUGAAAAGGUCGCAGAAGUGAAAGCGGAAGCUGAAUAUUUUAAUAAUUAUUUAAGAGACCCAAAAAGGCCUCAACUUCCCGAGCAUCCUGGUAACAAAGCUCCAUUGAGAGAAGGAUCACGUGACAAUUUUGCUCCAUAUGGGUGCAGCUCGUACUCAGCGCAAACAUCCGCAAAUAUUUCUAGAUUCGGAAGUUACAGUGGUGGAUUUGGCGGUAACAGGAACAAUUAUGGUUCCGGUUAUGGUGGCGGAUUUGGAUUUAGUGCGCCACGUUCUAAUCGUGGUGGAUUUAAUCGAGGACGUGGCGAUUUCCGACCAGUCAUACAUUAUCGAGACCUCGAUGCACCACGGGAACCGGAUGAAUUUCUAUAAGCUGAUUGAAGAUACGAUAUGAUUGAUUUAUAUCGAUUGAUAUAAUAUGAAAAAAAUAUAUGUAUAGACACAUCUUAGAACCACAUUGAAACAGCAACAUUUUUCUGUAAGUCGUUCACAAGUGUGUACAUUGCAUACCUGUGUAUAUAGGUAUUUACAAUUAUUAAACAAUUUCCAAAAUAAAAUUAGUAUUAGUAAGCGUAUAUGGGUAUUCAGUAUUUUCUAAAAAGGAUUAUGAGAAGAAAAAUAUGCUACACAUAGUUUGUAUACAAAAGACCAAGAUUUAAAACGUUGAUCAAUCGAGUAAAAGUAAAAAAGUCAAAUUUGCAAAGGAUGUAUAAAACUAUUAAUAAUUUAUACACAAUUCAUAAUUCGUGACUCAGGAUAUCCAUAUUAAAUAAGUGAGUAUUAUGAAUAGACCGACUUUCAAGUUAUCAUUUAUAACUUUAUUCAGUCUCUCAAUUCGUCACGAAAUUUUUGAAAAUUAAGAAAUUGCACUCUAAAGGAAUCAGUUGUUAGUGGAUUAAAUUUGUUUAAUUCAUAGUGAUUUCUUCAGUUUUCAAUUUAUAUAUUUAAGUUAAUAUAUAGAUUAUCCUGAAAUUCACGAAUUAAUAACAAAAAACUUUGACAACGUUUUUCCCCAUGUAAAUUAGUCAAAAUUUAUGCACAAAGUUAAAAUGUUAUUAAAUAAAUGGUAUAAAUUGCAAACAGAUAAUAAUGAUUCAACCAAACGAUGAAUUUUCACUUAUUUCUUAUCAAUCAUUAAUUAUGUAUGUAGUCUGACACUGUCUUAAUAAAAUAUAUUAUGUGUUUUAUAUAUUACUUGAAUUUCACAAUUGUUUUCAAUAUCAAGCAGAUUUAGAUGAUAAAAUGUAUGCUUCAUUAAAUCACUUAUGUUGAUAAUGAUGUAUCUUACAUAAAAUUAAAGUUUUUCGUUUUUCCAUGAAAAAGAGAGAACAAGAAUAUAACAUUUAUUUAUAUAUAAUCAUAAUAUUUGUAAAAAUUACAAUAAAACGAGCAAGUGAGAAUCAGGUUAAUAUUUAUAAUUCUCGUUUAUAAUGUAUGUGAACAUGUCUUAGACUUAAUAAUAUAAUAAAAUGAUCACAAUGAUUCACCGAUGUAUUCUUUUACUUUAAUUCUUAAGAAAUAAAGGG